UUAAUACAUGUGAGAAUUUUUAUGAUACAGCGAACACAGGUUGAAGACCUUCAAAUUUUUCUUUGCUUAAUAAUACAGAUUGUUAAUUGACACUUGUUUCAAUACCUUCCCUUUUAGGCGCUCCCCAGGGAAUAGUCGGUUUUAUUUAGAAUGGAGCAGGGGUACGAAAUACGGCUGUUAGGGUCUCCUUAUAAAUCGCCCAUUAAAACAGUUAGCCCCAUGAAGACUCCAACGAAGGAAAAUUACAUGGACCGAUACAUCCCACUAAGAGCAAAUGCACGUUGGAAAACGUCGACAUCUUUUGAGCAAACAAAUAGUAAUCCAACACGUAAGCUGUUUCAAAGUAGUCGCGGAAAUACUGAUGGGCUCAGUAAUGAUGUUGAUUCUCCGAAUCAAAAUGGCUAUCAAAGUCACGGUCUUGCGUCUUUUACUGGCGAAAGUAACUGGGGAACAUCUGGUGUCAAUUCAGCAGUGCAGGAGCCUGCACCACCCACGGAAUCGAGAGGCUGCGACCUUCUCUCUGCUCUUGUAGCUAACGAACUUGAGGAAGCUUCAUUAGGUGGGGCUUAUAGCCCUGUGAAUUCAAGAUGCAGUUUCGGCAAUUCUGGCGUUCUGGCAGCUAGAGAAAACAACAAUAUGUUUUCCUUCAAGCUUAGAAGAGAGAGUCCAUGUAAAUUGAAAACAUCUCCCUAUACUAUGUCUCCAGUAUCUGAAAAAAGUCAACAUUUGCUGAAGUUUCCACAAAAACAAGCGCGUAAAAUAUCUCGGGUACCAUAUAAAGUUCUGGAUGCUCCGGAGUUACAAGAUGAUUUUUAUCUUAAUCUUGUUGAUUGGUCUUCUCAAAAUGUACUGGCGGUUGGGCUGGGAACAUGUGUUUACUUGUGGAAUGCUUUCACUAGCCAGGUCACUCGAUUGUGUGAUGUUUCUGGAGAAACCGAUGUUAUUUCAUCAGUUGCGUGGUCCAAAAAGGGUAGUCAUUUAGCGAUCGGCACUUACCGUGGUCGUGUUCAAAUAUGGGAUGUGACUAAAAGUUCCUGCAUACGCUCAUUAAACGGACAUAUCGCUCGUGUCGGUGCUUUGGCGUGGAAUGCUGAUCUUUUGGCAUCUGGCAGCCGGGACCGAUAUAUUCUGUUACGUGAUACACGUGCUUCAGCUAAUUCUGGUGGUGGACCCACUGGUCAUCUACCUACCACAAAUCCCUCUAAUACUUCUGUAUUAACUGCUGAACUUGCUGACAGAGAAGAGAUUAUGACUGAUUUCGAUUCCAUUAGUUCACCGAGUCACAUUGAUCAAGUAGAAAGUGAUCCAAACUAUCCGCGGGCUUCAACACCUAUGGUAUCGAUCAACAGUGACCUUCCGGAAGUUGAUCCUGUAAGUACUCCAGCUCAAAUGGAUAUAGACAUGCUCGGGUUCCGAGAUACGGAUCACGCUUCAUCAUGGUCUGCCGCAAGGACGUCAGCAAAUUCCACUGUCACCCAGACUACUGCUUUACAGUCGAUCGAAAAUGGAGCAGAUCGUCUUGUUCCUGGAGCAGUACGUGUGCUAAAGGAUCAUAGACAAGAGGUUUGUGUGAUAUUUUUCUUUCAAGUAAAAUUUCUGAUUGCUUAUUUAUAUUUUGAAAUUUAAUUGAGAUCUUAUCACCAUCAUUUUCUGCGUUACAAACCCACGUCGUCAUACACCAACAUCAAAAUUUACUAUCUUAUUAGUAAGUUUCGUGUCGUAUCAUGAAGUGACUACGAGUCUUAAUUUAUUCACAUCAUAAUCUAAAAACAUUUCAAGUUUUAUCUGGCCAUUCAUUGUUGGCAUAUUCUAUUUUUCAAAAUAAAUUCUUUAGCAUUGAUAUAUAUUGUUGGAAUUCAUAGGUAUGUGGGUUAAAAUGGUCUCCUGACAGUCAGUAUUUAGCAUCAGGAGGUAAUGACAAUCGUCUGCUUGUUUGGAGUCAACAUGCACCAUCUACUGGUGGCCCUAUCUUAACGUACGAAGAGCAUGUGGCCGCUGUCAAAGCAAUUGCAUGGUCGCCUCAUCAACAUGGAUUACUCGCAAGUGGCGGUGGUACAGCUGAUCGUUGUAUUCGAUUUUGGAAUACAUUAACUGGUCAGGCUUUACGUAGCGUGGAUACUGGAAGUCAGGUUUGUAAUAUUGCCUGGUCCAUACAUAGUAACGAAUUGGUCAGUACACAUGGUUACUCACAGAAUCAAAUUCUUGUUUGGAGAUAUCCUGGUCUAACACAGUUAGUCAAGUUGGUUGGGCAUUCAUAUCGUGUGCUGUACCUAGCAAUCAGUCCAGAUGGUGAGAACAUAGUAACUGGUGCAGGAGAUGAAACACUUCGCUUCUGGAAUAUAUUUACUAAAGCCAAAACUCCAAAAAUGCAACCAUCUUCACUGAACUUAUUCAAUGGGAUUAGAUGAUCUAUCUAAAAUAGAAGUCUUUCAAAACUUGUGGAUAUUUCUCCGAUGUGUUUUAUUCUACUUAGUAAAUAUAUGUAUCAUCAACAAUGUGCGCACAUUAAUUAUAUGCUAUCCUUACAUAUUACUCGACUAUAUUAUUCAUUUCUGUAAAUAUAUGAUUACUUAUUGAUAGAAAUUUCAAAUAUGUUAACAACUAUAUAUUACAUCAUUAACAAUUACAUUCUGGUCGUAUGUAUCAACGCCAUAACUCUUAUUUUCUACAGGUCUUGAACUUCUAACUUUUACUUCAGUCAGUUCAAUUGUAUGCAAAAUUAUAUGGUUGCUUCUUACUUUUGUCUUUACUUAUUACAUAUUGAACGAAACAAAAUAGUAAUCAUUAUUAAUUUAUAUUUUCCCCACAAUUGCUUGUCUUUUGUGAAAUUGUACUUAUAAUAUAUUUCUUAGUUUUGUAAUUCCUUUAAAUAACACAUUGUGUAAGCCACUGUGUAUCUGUUCAUCCUAGUCAUUUGUGACAGCUUUUUCUUUUCUUUUAAUCUAUUUGUAUUUUUCUUUUGGCUGUCUGUGUCGUAUUUAGUUCAACUUCUUUGACAUUGUGAUAGUCUUCCUCAUAAUAAUAACAAUAAUAUAUAUAUGUACAUAUAUAUAAUGUGCAGCGAAAAUAAAACAUCGUGUUAGCUA